AUGGCGCUCGAGAGAAAAUACUUUGGGAAUGAGAGGUUGAUGGCGAUACGGAGCAGAGCGGUGGCCGAUGCAUUUCUCCCGAUUCCAGCCUCCCAAGAAGUGACACUGGGUCCAAGAGACAUGUACAGUGUCACCUAAAUUCUAAGCGCGAGGAGAGUGGGUUAAGUCGUGCCCCUGGCUCAAUCUCCCCUAACGCGGCCGGCUCAACAGCAAAGCCAUGCUGCGCAGACGUCCCGACCUUGGAAGACCUCGCCAGGGAGUAUUGCGAGUGGCGGAGCAAGACUAGAAAUAUUGCAACUGGGUCAUUAUGUUCAUCUUGGAACGAAUGCGUCAAGUCGAUGACCUGCCACCCCGCUGGCUUCUGGCCCUCUCUUCAAGCAUGAAGCGAAACUGCAAAUUGCACCAAGCGUUGUCCCAUUUUGUCGUGGAUGGCACCAUUCCAAAGUUGUUGUUGGGCUACCAAGACGGUGCUGUCCUCCAGAAUUAUUUUUAAAAAAAAUUCACCACUCUCACUACCACCAAUCCGCUGCUUAUGGACGAGGCACAGUCACAGUCAUUUGCAGCCUUAUAUGGAUUAGAUCUUUUUCAUUAUCAUGACACUGAUGAGCGGAUUCCGGAAGGAGGAUAGUUGAAUGGAUGGUUGAGGGUUUUGACUCGUUGGCUUAUGGACCUAGCUUUUCCGUCCGGAUUUCUUUGUGUUCCGAUUCCCAGUUAUACUUCCGUUAGUGGUCAAGGGCCAUCUCCCAUCUGGUGUUCCUCGAAGGCUAGGUGUCCGACGUGAGUGAGGCAGAUUGUGGUAAGAUUGGGCUGUACUCCUGUCGAGAUUAACCGCGCACGUCCUCGUGAGCCGACGGUUAUACACCGUUCUACCAAAUUACCGGCAAUUCAUUUUGCAGGCGGGAACGAUUUUUUUUUCGUUUUGAACACACCAAGUUUGGUUCAAAAGGUAUGAGAUGGAAGUCAGGCACACGCU